AUGAAAAAUGGUAGUAAUGCUGAUACAACCAACACAAACUCAUGGGUAUUGAUUGAAACUUUUAAUGAAGAAGGAUGUGAUUUGGAUAGUUCUAGUAUUGGUGGUACUAUUGUACUAUCGGGUUCAUGUGUAAUUGGACAACAAGUGUCUUGCAACAACAAUAUCAUCACAGUUGAACAAUUCAAAGACAAUCAAUGUCAAACCACCAUCACCAACACUACUGAAUACAAAUCGGGUGUCUGUAAUACUGCCUCUCAAAUCUAUGGUUUCUACAAGACUUAUACUUGUUCGUCAAGUGAGCCAUCAAUACCACCUCGUUCAUUGUCCUACAAUACCUACACCACUUGUGACAAUACCACCAUGCAAAUACAAGUCUCAAAAUGGGUUCCAACCUACAAGUGUAUGGUUGUCGGAAGAGGUAGCAUCCCCACCAGUGGUUCUUCCUCUGCCUCUUCUGGUCAUUCUUCUUCUGCCUCCUCUGGAAAUCCCUUAACUGGUUCUGGUUCUGGUUCUAGUGGAUCAGCCUCCUCUGGUUAUGCUAGUUAUGACAAUUUCGAUGGCAAGAAAUCAACUCUUGAUUUCCUCGACAGAUACUUUGAAUUCUUGGAUGAAAUUAACUUUGGCAACCCAAGUCUAGUAGUCACUGACGAUGAUGAUGAUGUUGAUGACCAAGGUGUAGGAGUCAUUUUCGAUAGUGGAACUGCAACCGAUGGAGCUUACAGUGGUUCAGGAAGUGGCACAGGAUCAGGUAGUGGUCCAACCAAUGUUAAUGUUGUUGUCUUUGGUCUCCUCCUUUGCAACGAAAAAUACAACGAAAAUUACAAUUAUUACAAUGGAAACUUCCAAACAACUUCUGGUCCUGCUGGUAGUGUCAUGUCAACAGGCAAGUAUUCAUCCGGUGAUCCAUAUGGUUCACAAAUGCUCACUGGUGGAGGUACUAUUUCAGGUUCUGGUGGAUCAGGCUCAUCUUCACAAAAUGGUUGUUCCAUCAAACCCUCCAGUUCUGGUUCUGGUCCCAAUUUUCAACAAUGCACCCAAUACAACCAAUUGUUUGCCGUUACUUGUACUCCACCUUACAGUCAUGCUUAA